CUGAAAUAAAAUCCGAGUUUGGGGGUUGCAUUUUAAUCAUGACUAACGCUAACAAGCUGCACAUCAUGUCUCUGAAGUCUUUUGAAGCAGUUCAACUCCUCCUCGCCAGUUUGAUCAGGCCCGCCUCCUGUCAGCGUAGCUCCAGCACCAGAUGCCGGCUGCUCUCCCACAGGGUGCACUCUUUCUUCAGUCUCAUCAGUCUGCGUUCAUUGUGACUCUGAAAAAGAUGACCCAUAAAACCUAAUCCGGAUAUUUGAUGUCAUUUUUUCACGCACUCUCUGAUUUCUAAAAUCAGAGGUAGGCUAUGACUUUUUCGUGCACCUGAAUUUAUUGGUGACGGGCUAUUUGUUAUUUCUUUUAUCUGCGCACUGUGAGCCUCACAUAAUGUACAAGUUAGGCUUUGUCAUCGUGAUAAGCUGCGCGUUUUUUCCAUGGGGAUCUGGAGCGCCAAAGCCCCUGGCUGAAAAUCCCAGGUCCCAACUUGAGAGCAGUGCAGAGCAAAAUGACAGAUUGCAAGAGGAGAUAGAAGGCCGACAGAACAUUCUCUCCAAGCUGCUGGGUGAUUAUGACAAAGUGAAAGCCCUGUCGGAAGGCUCUGACUGUCGGUGUAAAUGUGUUGUCAGACCCCUGAGCAGGAGCGCCUGUCGACGGAUAGAAGAAGGGAGCGCGUCUGCGCAGGACUUCUACACCGUGGAGACCAUCACUUCUGGACCGGAGUGCAAGUGCGCCUGCAUCGCCCCACCAUCAGCGGUCAACCCCUGCGAGGGAGAGUACAGGCUAAAAAAGCUUAGGGAGGCUGGGAACGAAAAUGUCAAGCUGUCCACCAUACUUGAGCUGCUGGAGGGAUCCUUCUAUGGCAUGGAUCUACUGAAGCUGCACUCCGUUACCAACAAGCUCAUUGAUCGCGUGGAUCACAUCGAAAAGGCGGUGUCUCUGAAUCCACCUUUGGAUGAGGUGAAGCCCAGGGAAGGUCCUACUAGUCAAACAGGUUUAACUGAAAGCCCGACUCCGCUUCCCCAUCAGCCUCAGGAUGGAAAGACAGUUGGAGAGGUUAGCAGAGCUGCAGCAUAUCAAGACCCAGAGUUGGUGUCUCUGCAUCCAUCUGUGGAUGAGGUGAAGUUUUGGGAAAGUACUUCUGUUCAAGGAAGUGUGACUGAAAGCCCACCUCCUCCUCUUCCAAAUCAGCCUCAGGAUGGGAAGACAGUUGGUGAGGUCAGCAGGGCAGCAGCCAAUCAAGACCCAGAGGAAAAGUUUGACGGGAAGCUCAUUGCGGAAAAUCAACCCUUCUUACACACAGACGGCUCUGGUCAGAUCACUGAGGUCAGACCUCAGGUGACCCUCAAAAGUAGCGCUAAUAAGGAGGCUUCUCAGGUGUCAAAGGCUGGAUCAUCUGGAAUGAUUAUCAGAGGAAUGACUUUUUAUAAAUCUGAGCCUGAUCCGAUGGUGGCAGAUGAUGGGGAGCCUGGAGAGAACUUUUUUGAGUAUCAUGGUUUGAGCGGUGACGGUCCAGAUAACCUCUUUAUCGAAGAGAAUCUGCUUCAACCCAGAUCUCCUCGGCCCUGGACCAGAGAAGGACUGAGAUUGUUUCGAACAAAAACAACAGGUCCUUUGCACGCACCUAAGAAGACCAGCCAAUCAAAAAACACAAAAGAAACUGAGCCCUUAAAAACUCAUCGAAGGUUUAUUAGUGCCAUGGGAACCACAUCAGUGGAUGUGUCUUCGGUUGCACAGAGUGACACAUCCACGGUGAGAAGCAUCAGCCUUGGACCACCUAUUGCAGAAAACAAACAAAGGACCACAAACUUCGUGCCUCAGACCACUCAAACAGUCACUGCUGGAAUCACCAACAGACCAGUCCCUUCGCUGACUGAAGCAGCAAACAUUUCUUUAAGUAUUAGUCAGCAGAAAAAGAACAAAACCUCAGUCCAAGCCUCUGAAAAUACAACGAUGGAGGAAAAUGCACAAGCAUUCACAACAACAAAUACACCCACCAGUGUGAAGGAACCCUCUGGUCUGGAGCUAAAAGACCAAUUGCAAACCAUAGCUGGCAGUACUUCAGCUAAUCCAGGCUCUGUUGAACUAAAUCCAACAACAAAGCCUUUAACUACCAGCCUGGAGUCUACUAUGACCCUCACAACCCACGCUGACCCGACCACAGCACCAGUACAUCCCACAACAGCUGCCACAACUGCUACCUCCACACAGGCUGCUACUACAAAACAACCAGAAGAAACAACAUCCACCGACUUCUCAGGCUCAGAUUUGCCACAGACACCAACAGCUUUGCUUCCUGCAGCAUUAACUACCUCGUCUUCAACCACCACCACCACAACUACCACCACUACCACUACCAAACAGGCUGCUCAGGUCAAACAGAGAUACAAAAUCAGCUGGGAAGAGGAAGGACACAUGGAACUAGACGAACCGAUGCAGAGGCAUGAGGAAUCCAGGCCAAAGAAACCCGAGGAGUGCAAGGACACUUUGGCAACAAUCUCCGAGCCAGUCACUCACAACACCUAUGGCAGAAAUGAGGGAGCAUGGAUGAAGGAUCCAAAAUCUGAUAAUGGCAAAAUUUAUGUGACAAACUUCUAUUACGGAAACAACCUUCUGGAAUUCCGCAACCUGGAAGUUUUCAAGCAAGGCCGUUUCAGUAACUCCUACAAGCUUCCUUACAACUGGAUUGGCACAGGCCAUGUGGUCUAUGGCGGGGCCUUCUAUUACAAUCGCGCCUUCUCCCGUGACAUCAUCAAGUUUGACCUGCGACAGCGUUACGUGGCUGCCUGGACCAUGCUGCACGAUGCCCUGUAUGAAGACUCAUCGUCGCCUUGGGAUUGGCGUAGCCACUCGGACAUCGACUUUGCUGUGGACGAGAGCGGCCUGUGGAUCAUCUACCCGGCACUGGAUGAUGAGGGCUUCUUACAGGAAGUGGUUGUCCUAAGUCGACUGGACCCCUCAGACCUCAGCAUGCAAAGGGAGACCACUUGGAGAACGGGGCUCAAGCGAAACCACUUCGGGAACUGCUUCGUUGUGUGUGGCGUCCUGUAUGCUGUUGACAGCUAUAACCAAAGAGACGCCAACCUGGAAUAUGCCUUCGACACACACACAAAUACUCAAAUGAUUCCCAGAAUGCCCUUCAUCAACAACUACACCUACACCACACAGAUUGACUACAAUCCUAAGGAGGGUGUUUUGUACGCAUGGGACAAUGGACACCAAGUCACAUACAACAUAAAGUUUGCCUAUGUUGAUGCUCAGUAAGGAUCUGUUUUAAGUGUAAUUGUUAAUACUAUGGUUUAUGGAUUGUAGAUCAGUCCACAUGGCUUCAUGUAUGGAGAGAAGCGAGGGGCCAAAUGUAUAAAAUUCAAUAUAUUGUGUUCAAAAUUGUUCUUAUUAAGAUUUUUUUUUGUAUUUCUACUUAAAAUAAAUUAAUAAGAAUUACUCCUCAGUCGACACAUCAAGUUGCGCUCUAUACUCUCAUCAGCCACUUUACUAGGUAUACACUGCUGCUUUAAUUCUUCAUGGCACAGACUCAAGAAGAUGCUGGAAACAUUCCUCAGAUUUUGGUCCAUAUUGACACGGUAGCAACAUAGUUGCUGAACAUUUAUUAGCUGUACCUGCAUGAUGGCAUUCAACCACAUCUCAAAGGCACUCUAUUGGAUUGCGAUCUGGUGGCUGUUGAUGCCAUUUCAAGUUAACGAGUGAACAGUGAAGUAACAGUGAACUCAUUGUCAUGUUUAAGAAACUACUUUGCGACAGGAAGCAGCCACCAAAGGAUGGGUACACUGCGUCAUAAAGAGAUGGAUAUGGUGAGUAAUAAUACUCAGGGGCACAUAAUUGGAAGAGAGCCUUUUGGCUCCUUCAUGUUGUUUACACCACAUUUUGACCCAAUCAUCUGAAAGUUCCAGCAGAAAUGGAGGCUCAGACUAAGAAAUGUUCUUUUCAAUCUUAUCUAUAGUGAAAUGUCGAUUAGUCUGUGGAGACUGUAGCCUCAAUUUCUUGGUCCUUGCUGACAGCACCCAGCAUGGUCUUCUGUUGUCGUAGUCCAUCUGCUUCAAAGUACAACAUGUGCAAUCAGACAUGCUCUUCUGCGUAGCUCGGUUUUAAUGAGUGUUUGUUUGAGUUACUGAUGCCGUCCAACAGCUCAUACAGUUCUCUGAUCUCUGGUAUCGCUAAGGCAUUUAGAACUGCUGCAAACAGGAUAUUUCCUCUUUUUUUGGAGCAUUCUCUAUAAAGCCUACAUAUGCCUAUGUGGGAAAACCCCAGUAGUUCAGCAAAAAUAUACAGAUCAGCCAACCUGGCAACAACAACCACGCCAAGUUCUGCAAAGUCUCCUAAAUCACCUUUCCCCAUUGUAAUGUUCAGUUUCACCAGUUGGAUAGGGUCGUUUCCCCAAUGCCUAAAUGCACUCAGUUGCUGCAGUUUGAUUGGCUGCAUUAAUAAGCAGCUGAACAGGUGUACCUAACAAAGUGGCCGGUGAAUGAACAUCGGGAUGCUAUAAGAGUAGCUGAAUAAUGUCGAAAUGUUUCUGAUGGACAGCUCUGUUCAAAGAAACAGAAUUCAUACACAGUUUUGUAUCCUUUUUGAACUUUCAGCCUUAUACGCCACACAUCCUCCCUCCAUAUCAGACUGCUUUGAGGAGACUGCAAUAAAGUUUUGAGAUGCUAA